AUGGUGUCCUGCAGGGUGAUCCCCUGGCUCCAUCUCUUCAUCGUUGCAUUGGAUUAUGCACUGCGCAAGGCUGUCAAUACCAACGACGGCCUCACUCUGAGGAGAAGACAGAGCUCCCGUCACCCAGCUGUGGUUUUGCCGGAUUUAGACUUUGCGGACGAUAUCUGCCUGUUUGAAGACACAAUCCGUGCCGCGCAAGACUUUCUGCACCGUGUAGAGUCUGCAACCCAGGAGAUUGGUCUAUUCCUAAAUGCGUCUAAGACCAUGGUCAUGCACAUUAACCCUCCUGUUGACCCCCAGGUCUUAAAAGCAAGAGAUGGAACUGUUAUAGAGCAAGUCAGCGACUUCAAGUAUCUUGGCAGCUUCUCCAAUACAGCCUACGAUGUCAGUCACCGAAUCGGGCUAGCAUGGGGGGCAUCCCACUCCCUCAGAAAGGUGUGGAAGGCUCCAAUUCAAAAUGCCACCAAGAUCAAAGUCUUCAGAUCGAGUGUUGAGUCCAUUCUGCUCUACGGUUCAGAUUCAUGGUCCUUAACCAAAACCCUUUGCAAGAAACUUGACGGGAACUAUACCCGGCUCCUUCGUACCACCUUGAAUGUUGACUGGAAGAGUCAUACCACCAACACACAACUCUACAAUGGCCUGCCACGGAUUACCAGAGUCAUCCGCGACCGACGCCUGGCCCUUGCCGGUCAUGUGAUGCGCCACGACGAGAUGGCCGGAAGGGUUCUGCUCUGGCGGCCUGACGACAAGAGAAGACGUGGCAGACCAUCCCUGACUCUUAAGAGGGUGAUUGAGGAGGAUGUUGGCCUCCAAGACGGAGACCUCCUGUCUGUCAUGCGGGACAGAGCCGCCUGGAGGAACUUUAUUGUGUCACCGGAAGGAUGA